UAUAAUGUAGACAUAUAUUUCAUCAAUUGCGCAUAUCACUGCCGGUUCCGGGAAAGUUGACUGUGCUCACUGCUCAUUCACCAACACCAUCCACCAACAUUAUGUCAACCAUGGUAGCGGUAACUGUCGCCUUGACAUUUCUAUGUGUUUUUUUGGUGAAACCACUGUCAGGUGUACAUGAUUACGGACCGGUUUCAGUAGUUUCUGACGUGAAAGCUCCUCCGAUAUUCACCCCCUCCGAAAUGAAAAUCUUGCAUCCAGUCAACCAGCAUGAUAACCGAAGACUGGAGGACGCACAGAAUUUGGGUCCAACUGACAACGGCUCAAAUCAUAGUCAAACGUAUAACCAUGACCAUUCUUCUACACACACAGAUUCGUUGGAAUCAGAAUCAAAAAAAAACAUUUCAGUUGAUCUACAAAAUACAAUACAUGAUAUGAACGACAAGGACUUAGAAGAAAUUGAAAACCCAAAUGAGGAAAAUGGAUGGACCACGUUAUUUAAGCCAGAACAGACAUUAAUUUCAAACCUCACCUCGUCAGAAAUAAUAGAAAAUGUUGAUGGCUUAAGUAGACCUUCUUUUGAAAAAGGAGUACUCAAUCCACCUAGUAAAUACGAUGAAGAUGGGUCUGACCUUCUAACUAGACAAGCAAACAGAGUUCCUGAAGUAUUAAAUCUAUAUUAUGCUCCAUCUAUCGGAUUUUACCGUGGAAGCAACCCACUGAUACUAAAAAAUGGUGAAAUGUCAGUAUUGGUCCAAAGUGGAAAUACAAAUCCUCAAGUAACAAAUAUGAAUCCUGAAGUAAUAAUAUUACCCGAUUCCCCCACAAAUCCUCAAACACUAAAUGUAAUAAGCCCAGAAACAUCAAAUAUUAUGAAUGUACAAAUUCCCACACCGAUUUCCCUGCGACUGAGCAACUUAAAUUGGCGAAGAGUUAGUUUAUUGUUGGCGUUUAUUAAACUGGGGCUAGUCAAACUAAAAUCAGUAGGUUUCAUAAAGAUAAUACUUUUUUUUCUGUUUAAACUUAAAAUCUCCCUGAUGCUUGUCUUUUUUAAGACUAUUUCAAUUUUUAAUAUGUUGUUAUUUUCUAAAUUUGUUAUGUUACCACUAUUUAUUUUACCGUUAAUACCAAUAAUAGUAUCAAUGAUUUCGCCAAAAUUUAUGAUCGGAUUACUUUCAAUCCCAGGAAAGAUAAUAAAAUAUAAUAUGGUCUUAGGUCCCUCUGAUUUUGGCAAAAUCGCUCCGACAUCUAUCAAUUCGACUGAAACAAAUAGUUCUAUAAGUGCUUAAUCAAGUCCACUCAAUUCAAUUCCAGCGGAACAACUAUAAUUCUGCACACCGCAAUAAAAAAAUACCAUGUUUUAAAUACUACUGACUAUCACUAACUACUUAAAUAUACUCAAGAGUAAUAAUUCUGUUGAAUUAUCAGAUCCUACUAAAAACUUUUCCAAAGGGCUUUAGAUUUGGAUAUGUAUGAAUUGUA